CCCAUUCGAAACAACUCAGAACUGCGUCCGUUGGCCGACCUAUCACCGGAUUUCCCUCCCGCGCCGGCUGCGGGUUUCUCGCUGGGGUAGUAAGGUACAGACAGCCACCUUUCUAUUUCUUUUCGUCUUUUUCUUCUUGAUUCUAUCGUCGCGCGCCUUGCCACUCCCCCCUGUGGCUCGCUUCGAUUUGCCCUACAUCCUCGAAAUCCGAUUUUCUUUCCGCCAUUGAAAAAACACUGCCUAUCGCCACACCCUGGUCACUGCUCUGUUGGUCUGGCCUCUUAUAUCUGAUCUUUUAUCGUAUUGACAUGGCAGUGGGAUCCCAGGCAAACAUUCCUACGCCAAGAGGUGCAAAAACCUUCUCGAAGUGUGGCUGGUCGACUGACAUGGAGAUUGAUGAAAAGGGCGACGUGGAAGUGGCCGAACAUAAUGGAUCGCAAAUACAUCCGGAUUCUGUAAGCAGUGGCCCGACUUCAGCACCUUCUCGCCGGAAACGUGUGUUACUCUCAACGGAGAGCGCGUUCGUUGGAAAUGUCCUCCCUUCGCUGGUCCAGCAUCCCGAAAUCGAGCUCCGAUUGAUCACGGACGAACCGUCGGCCCUUCUCUCAGGAGCGAGCAAAGUACCUCACUACAUGGAUACGGUCGAUAGCCAGACAUUUGAAAAAAAGACGGGUGCUCGGAAAUGGUUGAGAGCAAAGGCGGCAGAGCUAUGCGACUGGGCUGACAUGCUCGUUAUCGCUCCUAUUGAUGCUGGCACAUUAGGAUCGAUGCUGUCGGGCCUGACGAAUACAUUGACGUUGGCACUUCUCCGCGGUUGGAUAUCGACCAAACCAGUCGUCUUAAUACCUGGCAUGACCGUCUCGGAAUGGCACCAUCCUCUAAGUAGUAGACAGCUAGGGGAAGUCAGUCAGUUUUGGCCAUGGAUUCAUAUCGUCACGCCAGUCUUAAUGAAAUCUACCGAUCCGGAGGAACUGGUCCAGUUACAUUGGGAUAGUCUGAAUGAAACCCAUGAAACAAUUGAAAGGACCCUAGGAUUAUCCUUUUCGCAAGUCGCCAUUCCCUCGAAUAUCCCCCCGGGGAAUUCCUUUGAACAGUCCGUCGCAUCGGAUACGAUAUCAUCCGGAACCACUUCGCUGUCAACAUUACGGCAUCUUGCAGGUCGUUCCGACAAGCUUGAACACGGCCCAUCUGCACUGCCCAUAGAAUUGUGGCUGAACAUUUUUGAGGACCAAUUACACGAUUGGGAGAUCGCCAAAGCUGUUGGCAUUCCGACAAAUCUGCCUGUACCCAAGGAAUGGCAGAACCACCUAUUGAAGAUGUCAACUCCGGCAUCUUUGGAGUAUACGAUAUUGCGCGGAUCUUUCGGGGCGAUUAAAAAGCGCAUUGACAGUCUCCCACGAUGGAAACCCAUAUCCGACCUAUCAUGCCAUCUCAUCUCCAAGUUCUCACGAACGGACAUCCUCUCCUAUCUCACAGAGAAUCAUCUUGAUUUGCUUUGGACGACUUCUCGCCUCACUAACCUCCCCUACCGUGCGUCUGCGAUCUAUGGGAAUCCUAAUAUCUUGACAUGGUGGCGUGAUGCGCCUGAACUCCCUAACAAAGAAUACAUCGCGGACGCGAUGGACGGAGCCUCUCGCGCCGGCUUUGUCAAUGUCCUCGAAUGGUGGAGGACAUCCGGCCUAGAACUCCGAUAUACGGAGCGGGCACUGGAGUCCGCCAGUGCCGAGGGCCGCGUUAACGUGCUGCAAUGGUGGAAGGACGCCUCGGACAAAGCCCCUCCCUCCAACCCAAUCCCUCUGAAAGUCGGAAAAUCCGUCCUGCUAGCCGCUCAAUCCGGUCGCACCGAAUCUAUCGCCUGGUGGGAUGCUUCGGGCAUCCCCUACAGUCACGCCGAAUCGGUGGCCCGCAUCGCUAGCACCCACGGACACGUCCACGUCCUCGAUUUCUGGUACCGUCUCAAGGGCGCCAAAAUGAUUUUUGACUGUCAAUUGCUCGUGGGUCCGACCAAGAACGGCCACGACAACGUGCUCGAAUGGUGGCGACAGAGCGGCCUACGUGUAGAAUUCAAAACCUGCGAUAUUGAAGAAGCCCUUGAAGACGCUGACCCCGUCUCCGGCGCAGAAGGACGUGUCCGACGCUGGUGGGCCCGUAACGGCCUCAAUCUCGGUGUCGGGACCAGUGAAUGGAUGAAAACGAAGGUGCUAUGAGGUAGACGCU